GUGUAUUCCUAAGUAGUUGUUUCAUUCGUUUCUGCAAAAUUUUGGCAUUCAAUUUAUAAUAGUCGCGCAUUUUUAUUUGAAGACAAAAUUCUUACGUGAAAAUUAACUGAAUAAAAGUGUAAAAUAUUUUUUCUUCAGUUUUGUGUUCAGAAGAAGUACGUUGGAUUUUGUUUACAAAAAAUGAGUACUACUUCACAUCCUCAGCAAAUCUCAAGCCGUAGGACUUGCUCUGCAUUUAAUAAAGCAUUUAAGCUUUUAAGUUUUAAUUCAAAAUCAGCAAAUAAAAAAUUACAAAAAAAAACAUCGUUUAAUUCGUACAAUGAAAUUUCAAAAAUGUUGAACAAAAAUGGUAGCAUAUCAAGCAAUCAUUUCCGUGGAAUUCGAAGGCAAUUGAUUGACCAAUUUGCCACAUCUGCAUGUCAUUUGAUGACUAUUGAUGAUCUUUAUCAAGAAAUUCUUUUUGAAAUAUGCAAUAAUUGUGGAAGUGAGAGUUAUGACAUAUGUCCCGAUAUUCUUUUGGAAUUCGCGCAAGAAGUAUUUAAAAUAUCAAACACAAAACAUGAAGAUAUUUUGAGGAUGGCAAGACAAAAAGAGCCGCCUAAACUGCGUCUUAAUGUGGAAAUUAUUAAAGCAGAAAAUUUAUUGCCAAAAGACGCAAACGGAUUUUCAGACCCUUUUGCAACUAUUUACUUGGAGUCGAAUGCUUCGCACCGUUAUAAUACAUCUGUAAAGCAUACUACACUAAAUCCAAUUUGGGAAGAACAUUUUUCAUUACCUAUCAUUGAUAACCCUAAAGAGGAGGUACUGGUGGUAGAAAUAUGGGAUUUUGAUGCUGCAGAAACUAUCAAAGAAAAGGUUAAUAAAUUACUCGAUGUAAAAGGAGUUAAGGGACUAAGUAAGCUGAUGAAAGAAAUUGCUCAAACCGCAUCUACGGGAAAACAUGAUAAUGAAUUAAUUGGCCGCGCAGCAAUUACUCUGAAGUCAAUUUCUAAUUCAGGUUUAACUGUUUGGUACAAUUUAGAAAAGCGUUCUAAAACAAAAAGUCGAGGAUCGGUUUUACUCAACAUGACAUUGAGUGCUGAAAAGAAUAAACGUGUUGCUCUUCAAGAGCAUAAACACUUAUUAAACCUAUUACUGAUUCAUGAGUUGGAAAGCUCCCAAGUAGCUGAAUACUGGUGGAAUGGCAAAUUUACUACAAAUGCGGAACUUGUUCGUUCGCAACAUGCAGUUCAAAGUGGCCUUACAAACUUUGAUUGCGCUCUUUGCCAAUGGGUGGUGUACUCGAAAAUCCAUGAAAAUCAUAAAUUAAAUUUUAUUCUCUUUAACAAUAUUCUAGAUAUUGUUAUACCCACCCUAAAAUUACUUCAAUCAGAUUGUGAAGACGUAAAAACGUUUUGGGAUGGUGUGAAGCGAGUUUUGCCGUCAUGCUUUUCAAUUGUGCGAAAAAUUCGCGCUAGAAAUGUUAGUGAUAAACAUAUUGUUAGCACACUAUGCGAUAUUUUAGAUAUUAUUUCGAAAAUCAAAGCGUUGGGAGAACCAGUGAUAGACAUAUUUCCUGAAAAUAUUUAUGGUUUUAUUAGCCUAAAGAAACAGGAUGUAGUGAACAUUGAUCUAGUUCUAGAAGCAGUUAUAAAUACUGCUACAAAAGAGUGGUUGGAAUAUAUUAUGGAAGGAAGUAAGCCACAUACACGUGAUGAACACAAUGACGAAGAAAACUUACAGUUUCUUAUAAAACUCAUUCAAAUGGUGCGAUCUGAUUUACAAAGAGGAAUGGAGCAUUUUGAUAAACACUUUUAUCAAAAACUAAGAAUUAACUAUUCGGGCAUCCUUUUCAAAUAUUAUGAUUUAAAUUUGUUCGAUGAAUGUAAAGAAAUAGUUGAGAACGUUUGUGCAAAUAUUAAAAGAAUGGAAAUACCGGACGACACUUUGGAGUUUUCCAAUUUUUUGGAUGAAGAGUCUCUCAACAUGGGAACAACACUAUUCGAACUAUAUUUGGUAYUAAAGCGGUUUGUUUCCUUAGGUAGAUCGAUAUGUACAAAUUGCGAGUUAGCACUAGACAAGUUUUAUUCUUGGUUUAUGCCUGGCGUUACUCAUUGGCUCGACAUUUCAAUUGUUAAAGCUUUAAGUCGUAUUGAUAAAGCCAUUGAACUGGAUCAAUUGCAGGCUGUUGAUGAUACGGUAAAAUAUAGCUCAUCAGCAGUGGAUACUCUAGCUAUAUUUUAUCAAAUAAAGAUAUUCUGGCAUCAACUAGAUUGGCCAGAUAUUGAAGGAUCAUACACUUUUGUUGCCAAAAUUAUUGAUGAUGUUUGUCGGUGUUGUGUAUUUUACUCCAAGAGAAUGUCGCGGCAUGUGGAAUCUCAAACAACGGAGAAUGAUUUAUUUAUUGUUUCAGCCGAAUGGUGUUUUGCAAUCAAUAACAUCGACUAUAUUAGACAAAGUUUACCUACAUUCAUUACGGAGCUAGAAAUAGAUGGUCUUAUAAAAAAAAUCAGUGAUUUCCGGACCAACCUCGACGCAGAUCGCUGUGCCUCCACGAUAAAUAGUUUAAUUGAAAAUGCAUUGGAUACUCAAAAAAAUCAAAUUUUAGAACUCAUUGAUAUUGUUGGCAGGAAAAUGGCUCCUUCGAUUAAACGAUUUCUAGCGGAAGGUGCUGAAGUUUUAUAUGAAAAUUCCAAUUCCAUGGAAAAGCUCAUGAUGUAUAUGGAAUCAUCUUUAAAAACAUUAUAUAAUACCUUAAAUGAAGUUAACUUUGCGCGGAUCUUAGAUGCUAUUUGGAUCGAACUUUCCGUUGUGAUGUACGAUCUUAUACAAUCAAAUUUAGAU